UAAACCAUUAUACAUUGCCGCAUGUAAAAGUCUUUUUAUCCAUUUUUUCCAUAAGCUCAAAGGCAUUUAUAAAAAGCAAAAGAGAGAGAGACUCCACAAAGACUUCUCUCAUAACCAAAAAAAACAAAAAGUUCUUCUUCUUCAAUCUUCAUCAAUGGCGACGCGUAAGAGCUAUUACCAAAGGCCGAGUCAUCGCUUCCUUCAAACAGAUCGGUCUUCUUACAACGAUUCAGAGUUCGAGUUCGAGGAGUCUGAUCUCUACUCCACCCGCUCCGAUUCACCUGAUUUUCGUCAUAAACUCUUCGCAUCAUCGAACCGUAGAUCGUCUCCGUCUCCGGCUACCGUGAAAACCACUACUUCGUCGCUUCCGAUGAACGUACCGGAUUGGUCUAAGAUUCUAGGGAAAGAGAAUCAUAGUCACCAUGUCAGGAGAAAAAGCAUCGAAAACGACGAAGACGGCGGAGGAGGAGAGUUAUUGCCGCCGCAUGAGUAUUUGGCGAAGACGAGAAUGGCUUCGUUCUCGGUGCAUGAAGGUGUUGGGAGGACUUUGAAAGGGAGAGAUAUGAGUAGGGUUAGAAAUGCAAUUUUGGAAAAGACUGGGUUUUUGGAUUAAUUUCUCAAAAGUAUAAGGUUCUCUUUUUUUUUUUUUCUUUGGAGAAUUUUGAUAAUUUUACUUUUGUUAAACUUUUUUUUUACUAAAUAACUUGAUGAGAAGAAGAAGGCAUAGAAUAUUUCUAGAUUAUGCCUUCUUUUAUUUUAUUAUAAUUUUCGGAAUAUUUUAAAGUUUUCAAUGUUGAGUAUUUUUGAGAUUAUGAGAUUUUUAUUUUCCAAGCAAAGAAGUUUUGUAAUCAUAAUUGUACUAGAAAUUUCCGAAUCGGGAAAACUCGUACGAGAUAAAGUUGAGGGUACUUGACGAACAUAAAA